UGAGAAUUGGCAAUCAAUGUUUAGAACUCGCAAUGUCAUUAAUAAUAUUUGGUGGAAGCUUUUCUGAACAUGCCGAAACCUUAGAUUAUGAAAGUCGCGGACAAACUUUACAAUGAUGGGUUGCUGGAUGGUACGGAAGCGUCAACUGUGAAAAAAUUUACUUUGCGAUUCGAAGGACUUGCUUGAUUGCACUGAGUAGUUUUGCUUAAACAUGGAAUCAAGAUGAAGGCCCGCUUGUAUUUUAGGUUUGAUGGGAACAUCCUCCCGAAUUAAUACUCUCUACAUAUUGCUAUACUGUUUAUUGCAUGAUUAUCGACAGGUAACUUUUCAUCAUGAGGGAGAAGAGUGCACACAAUCCAAAUAAUCUUAGUCAUACGUCCAUGGAUUAGUAUUCCAUUCAUUCCCAAUCUAUUCUUUAUCGAUUGUAGUGACCACAGUGAAAAUUCUCGCGAAACGAAUGUUCCAUCUGCUAUGCCAAGAUUGGUGAGCACUACUUAUGUGUAAAUUGGUGUGGCACAAGUGUCAUAUUCGAUUCGCUUGAACCAUGCUUGAGCAUCAUCCCGACCUCUUUCUUCAUGAUUGUUCAGGUUUCAGGAGAAUACUAACAAUAACCACUUUUCUGCUUGAUAAUGAUGCCGCCAAAUCUGCGUUUACCUGCAUAUCUACGUUCUUUUCGCAGUACAACGAUUCUGCAGUUUUAUGCUAGCACCACUGCCGCGAUGCUCGAAGAACCUGUGCUACAUUCUAAUUUAAACACAUAUUGUAUGACUAUAGUAGCGCUUUCCUACUCGAUUUUGAAACGUUUCACACGCUGGCAGCAAGUCACAUUGUAAAACACAAGCUGUAUCGUUGAUGUUCUACCUACAAUCUCUGCUUGCCCCCACACCAACCUGCGUUGUGAUAUAGGAUACAUACGAAACGCCUCGCAUCGUGCCAUGCCAUCAACUUAUUUAUUGAUUUAUAUGUUUUGACGGUAGCUUCUCUCUUGACACCAGCGUACAAGUUUUAUCUAUCAAGUUUAUACGGUAUUAAUGAGUUUCAAUCUAAAAAAAAUUGUAAAAAUAUAGGAAUUAAUCUCAAGAGUCACGUUGCUGGGUUGCAAUGUGUCGGAACGAGUGGGAUUUGACUACAUUGACAUCUCGACGUCAGCGUCGUGAGCCGAACGCUAUGGGGACGGAUUACUUGAUUGCAAGAAAGACGACAAGCGCACAGGCGAUGGCGAAACCUUCCGUUUUUUUUUCGCAAAAAAGAUUUUUUUCUACUUUUGACAGGCUUAACUCCGAGGGCAGCCGUUUGUCU